AUGAAAAAGCUCGGCGUUCGGCCAUACACCUUCUCGCUCACCAACACCGCAGUAGCAUACACCUUCUCGCUCACCACCACCAGAUACACCUCAUACACCUACACCUUCUCGCACACCACCACCGCCAGUAGCAUACAGCCUCACCCUCACCAUAGCAGUAUGCACCCUCAUCCACCGCCACAGCACACCUCACCCUCACCAUCACCAUCACAGCAGCCUACACAGGCACCUCAACCACCACCGCCACCAGUCUACCACCUCACCACCGCCACAGUCUACACCCUCACCCCCACAGCAGUCUACACCCUCACGACCGCCACAGCAGUCUACACCCUCACCCUCACCACAGCAGUCUACACAGGCACCAUUACCACCACCACCGCCACAGCAGUCUACACCCUCACACCGCCACAGCAGUCUACACCACCACCACCGCCACAGCAGCAUACACCCUCACAUCACCACAGCAGUCUACACAGGCACCAUUGCCACCACCACCGCCACAGCAUCUACACCCUCACCACCGCCACAGCAGUCUACACCACCACCACCGCCACAGCAGUCUACACCCUCACACCGCCAAGCAGCAUUACACCCUCACCCUCACAUCACCAUCACCACAGCAGCCUACACAGGCCCCUCACACCACCACCGCCACAGCAGUCUACACCCUCACACCGCCACAGCAGUCUACACCCUCACCCUCACCAUCACCACAGCAGUCUACACAGGCACCAUUACCACCACCCGCCACAGCAGUCCCUCACCACCGCACACAGUCUACACCCUCACCCUCACCACCGCCACCACACAACCAUGAAAAAAGGCAACUAA